UCCGACUUCUCCCUCAGAUCUGCACCAGGCCUGCUACUUACACCCGAAGCGUCCUCAUCUCGCCUUCAUGCUAUCACAAUGAACAUCUCGCGGACACGAAGCAUACUCACCCACGCACGGCGACUGUACGAGUCGACGUCAUUUCCCUCGGCUUCGGCCAAUGCGCCGCUCAGGAUCGUCGUCCUGUCCGGCUGGACGCAGGCGUACGCAACGCAUGCGAACGUGAACACCGCCACGAAUAGUGCAGGAGGGAGCAAGCCCUCGGCCGCGUCGCUGCUCUCCAGCGCACUCGACCAGAAACAGCGCGCGGCGCGCCGGGAGGACUCGGCGGGGCCGUUCACGCUGGGCAUCACCCCGCCGCGGCCGGACGAGGUGAAGCCGGAGAAGAAGUGGUCGGAGCUCAGUGCUGCCGGGAAGGUUGUGAGGACGACGGCGCGGACGACGAACCUGGUCGUUAUUCUUGCCGGCGCGGGCCUCACGAUCGUGCUCAUGUAUGCGCUGACGUCGGAGUUGUUCUCUCGGAACUCGCCCACGGUGCUAUACAACAAGUCGUGCGAGCUCAUCAAAGCAUCGCCGCAGGUGCACCAAUAUCUCCAUGAACCUCUCGUAUUCCACAAUCACCCACCCACGGUCUCCCGUCCCCGGCACCGCAACCACUAUGUCUCUUCGCAAAUCUUUGUCGACUCGACCGGCCGUGAACACAUGCUCCUGAACUUCUACGUCCAAGGACGUCCGCCAGGGUCUGCCUCGUACGCAGGCGAGGAAGAAGAUGGCUUCUUCGCUCGGAUCUCGCACAAAGCACAACUCGCGGCGAUGAAGCUGGGAGAGAUGUCUUUGGAGGACGUCAAAGAAGAGGCCGUGAGGAGGGGGACCCGCCUGGCCGAGCUCACGAAGGGCAUGUUCCGGUUCCUGACGGGGGAGGAGGACGCACGGCCAGCGGCACCUCCUAUACCUGUCCAGGAGAAGACGGUGAAGGAGGAGCAGAAGGGAUGGUUAUCCUCUGUCACGGGGAUCUUUUCUGGCAUCAAGGGUACGACAAAGUCGGGACGCUCGUCGGGAGAGGCGUACAACGGUCCCGCAUUUACUGAGGGAGAGGUGCAUGCUGACCUUGUCAUGAACGAUCAAGGGUACUAUGAGUUCCGGUACCUCCUCAUUGACAUGCCGAAUUCCAAUACCAGGAAUCCUUCUCGAGUAUUCGUUCACCGUUCAGAUGGCGUCCGGGAAACGGAGCCUAUAGUUCGAUGGCAUCGGUAACCUCGCGAAUGGACUCUAACUUAUGCGUAGAUGCUGCCAUCUUGCAAUAAUCCGCACUCACCACUCCCUCAGUUUCAGCGCGCCCGGGGGUAUAUCAUCGUUGUACAUGUAUCGGAAUGCUGACUACAAUACAAAUGCGAAAGCGUCCUGAUCUGACCGGCCGACCUUGGGUGUAUUGCUGUGCGAUCAUUCACCAAAAAGCUUCUGAACGCGCUUCAAAAUCGAAUCCUUGCUGGGAUCAUAUGGAUGGUCCUUCGAAGGAAUUUCAAGGAGAGCGGGGAAUGGUUCUUGGUACUUGUCCACCAAUGGUCGGAUCUUCUCAGCAACGUGCUGGUUGAUGAGCAGGAUGGCAAUAUCCUUGCGUGAAGUGAAGUCCUCGAACGCAGCCUCUAUAGUCGGUAUUUGGGUCUUAGAGUCCACGACGAGGAAGUUCUUGCUCUGAUUUGGCCCAACGUUGCCUAUGCCGGCUAGCAGCAGCCCAGUUACGGAGUCCUCAUCUCCAAUAACCGCGAGCAAGUUUCGGUCCUGUUGGUUGGCCAUGG